AACCUGCCUGGAAACCACAGUGCUAAUUUACGUGGUUUUAAAUGAAAAACACAAUUUGUGUUGAAAUGAGUCAAAACUAAAGUUAUGCGACUAAUAGCCUGUUUAACUGUGGUAAUUCUACCCGCAGUCGACUUUGUUAAUGUAAUGUAUGAACGUCAUGUUAGAAUUUAAAUUACAACCGAGUGUACUUGAACGCAACACCGGUCGCCAUUGUGGUAGAAGGAGCUCAACUUUUUGCUUUGCUUGUUGUGGUGGAUACUGUUGAGCAUGGGGAUAGAAGCCUGGUACAUGGACACCUCCGAUGAAGACCAGAGACAACCCCACAAACUCAAACCGAAUCAACCCGUUUCAUUGGAGACGUUGAAAAAUCUCGGUGUUAUUCACUGGAAGCUGAAUGCAGACAUCUAUGAUGAUGACCCAGAGCUGCAGCUGAUCAGGAAGGAGCAAGGCUACUCUUAUAUGGACAUCAUCACCGUUGAGAAGAACACACUGCCAAAUUAUGAAGAGAUGUUAAAAGUGUUCUAUCAGGAACACAUCCAUUUGGAUGAUGAGAUCCGCUACAUCCUUGAUGGCCAGGCGUAUUUCGACGUCAGGGACAAAGAGGACCGCUGGAUAAGAAUCGCCAUGCGCAAGGGUGACCUGAUUACCCUGCCAGCCGGCAUAUACCACCGCUUUACUCUGGACGAGACAAAUUACACUAAGGCCAUGAGGCUCUUUGUGGGGAAGCCGAUAUGGAAAUCCUACAACCGGCCAGCGGAUGACCUCGAGAUUCGAAAGAAGUAUGUGGCUUCUCUGCAGGAAGAACCGUAAGAGGAAGAUGCCAUGACCACCAGUUGCACUAGAUUCAGAUUCAAAAUAUAAAAAAUAACUUUUGCUGUCAAGUAACAAAAAGUUGUUAUAAUAUUGUAGCUACAUACAACAUUGCAAGUUCUCUAUUUUCUGUCUUUCAUCAGCUUGUUAAUAAAGAAAUGAAUGUAACAAGUAGCCUUUCUACUGAUACUUUUAUAUACUACAUAAUAGGGGUGUCACAAGACAAUACACAAAAUUGUGUCUACAAGAAUGCGACAAGUUUUUAACCUGUUUUAAGAAAAUUAUUAUUAAAAAGUAGAUCUCCCAAUUGAAUCGUUCACUCAUCUGUACUCCGUGUAUGCUAUCGCCCUGCCUCCACCCAGUGAGACAAAGAGACUGUAUGACUGACAAAAGGGCUUACUCCAUUCAUGCCGUUCUGUGGAACAAACAUGUCAAGGUACUGAAACCAAUGUACAGAAUAAAGUCACUUCCUGCCUGUUUGACGGUGGGACACAAGGAAAACAGAUACGUGCACAUGACAAUGUAUAGAUGCUGAUAUACAUUUGAAUCUAGCAAGAUCUUAUAUAAUUUCUAUGGAUAACAUUUCACUGAAGUAGAACUGCAACAAUUAAUCGAUUAUCCAAUUAGCAGCUAUAUGUUUGUAUUAGAUUAAUCAUUUUCUCCUGCGUCUUCCUUUCUGAUACGCUGCGGGCCAAACUAACUGUUUUGUGUUUGGCUCAUAUUGAUGUGGUCCAUCUAGGGCAGGGGUCUCAAACACACGGCCCGCGGGCCAAAUGUGGCCCGCAGGACACUAGUUUGAGGCCCCCGCCUUGAUAUGAAAGUUUAAUGUUAGUGCGGCCCGCGCAAGUUUGAUAUGGAUGCUGUAUGGUAUCAUGUACCCAGAAAAAAUUAUUACGUUUGAUUAAUGUUCAUGUUAAAGGUUAAAUAACUCUUAAUAGUUAUCCUCCCUAUCCGUGUGGAAGUGGUAAGUUUUUGGCUAUUUAAGUUUAAAGGAAAUAACUUGAAGGCUACCGUUUAGUUCGCUAGCUCUCUAGUUUGCGAGUUUGCAAAUGUGUAACUGAAAUAACAAACAUCAUAUUGAAUGCUGUUCCUAUCAAAUUAUGUUUUCAAAUAUUUAUUUAAUUAAAUUUAAGACAAAUCUCUUAAUAUACAUGAAUGUAUGAUGAGCAAAACAAUAUGCAAACAGUGAAUUUUAAGAUCUUAAACACAGCGACUCCUUUGAACUAGACAGUAAUAUAUUCAUGUGAUUUAAAAAAAAAUACAAAUGCAACAACAAAAAGUUUUUUGGACAGCUUGUUGCUUAAAGGAAAAACAUGUAGUGGUUUAUGAAUAUGGCUUGACUUAAACCCCAGCAAGAGAAAGCUGAAUUAAAGUGGCAUUAGAGUUAAUCCAGUAUUACAGGUGUCUGCUUAUGUGGAGAAGCUUUGUAUGGUCCUGUGUAUGUGUAUUAGUCUUGAAGAAUGCGUCUUAGCAUAAUGCCCAUGUCAAGUCCCACAUUGUGUACCUCUUUAAAACCACUACCACUAGUGGUGUGGUACGACAUGUAUAUGAGAUUUGACAGAAUAAUAUGACUGUAAAUGAAUAUUUACCAAACACAGGCAAUUAUCUUAGCAAUCAGACCAGGAUGGGAAAUAGCAGUUCUUCUGUAUGCCUUGAAACACAUCUAAAGUAUUAUAAUAAUAAUAAAUUAACCGGAAAAACCCACCGUGGAUGCGUUACUGCAGUCUUGCUUGCUUGUUGUGUGCUAGGAGCAUAUUAUGAGAUAGUU